CUUGAAGCUCUUAAAAAUCGUGCGUAAGUUAUGGGCGCUGCAUUAUACGCGUUUCAAAGAAAAAAAAAUCUUACAACUGAAAGCUCACUCAAAACCAUUCUUCCGCGAGUGUUAAAUGUACAUGAUCUUACUUUUCUCGGAAUCGGUAGUACUUUAGGAGCAGGAGUUUAUGUGGUAGUUGCAGAUAUAGCAAAACACACAGCUGGUCCUGGAGUAAUAUUAUCGUUUUUAAUAGCGGCAUUUGCAGCCUUACUAUGUGGUCUAUGUUAUGCCGAGUUUGCAGCUCGAGUUCCGAAAGCGGGUUCCGCUUACACUUAUACAUACGUGACAGUUGGAGAACUACCCGCAUUUAUGGUAGGUUGGAAUCUGUUACUUGAAUAUCUUAUAGGUGCAGCUGCUAUAUCUCGCGCUUGGACAGCUUACGUUGAUUCUUUAACAAACAGUGCUAUAAGUCGGGGAUUGAUGACUGGAAUAGCAACAUGGAAAACGCCUGGUAUCAGCAAGUAUCCUGAUUUUUUAUCAUUAACCAUGUGUUUACUUGCUUCAGGAUUUCUAGCUGCCGGAGUCCGAAUAUCGAGUUGGAUAAGUAAUAUCACAACUUUUCUCAAUUUAGUUGUGAUCAUUUUUUUAAUUGUAGUUGGUUUAGGAUACGCAAGGCCGCAAAACUGGCAGCCCUUUUUACCUUUUGGAUUACAAGGUAUGUUAUCUGGCUCGGCAACUGCAUUCUUUGCUUUUGUUGGCUUCGAUGUAAUUGUUUCAUCUGCAGAAGAAGUAAAAGAACCAGGAAAAUCGAUUCCAAGAUCGAUUAUGUCGUCGAUUUUUGUUUGCUUAAUUAGUUACGGUGGAUUGUCAAUGGCAGUUACCUUGAUGGUCCCUUAUUAUACUCUCGAGGAAGAUGCAGCAUUGGCACAGGCUCUCCAUAAAAGAGGAGCAAUAUGGGCCAAAUACGUUAUCUCAGUUGGUGCUGUUGCAGGGUUAACAGCCAGUUUAUUAGGUUGCAUGUUUCCUGUACCCAGACUUUUGUUUUCAAUGGCAAGCGAUGGACUAAUAUUUUCACCGUUUAUGCAAAUUAAUUCCAUUACUAAAACACCUAUAUUUGGUUGUGUUUUUAGUGGAAUCUUAUCUGGCUGGUUAGCAUUGUACUUUGAUCUUUCAACAUUAGUUGAAAUUAUGUCAAUCGGAACAUUGCAAGCCUAUACUAUGGUUGCAACUUGCGUACUGCUGUUAAGAUAUCAAAUCAAUCCGAUAGGUUUGGUGAUUACCGCAAAUGGCUUAGAGCCUUUAUUAAGUGAAUCAAUAGUGAGCGAAAAUGAAAAUGUUAGAUUCUUUCCAACGAAAAGAACUGCAAUGCUUGCUAAUAUUUCCAUUUUUGUGAUUGUUUUAGUUUCAUUUUGUUUAUGCGGACUUUGCGUAAACUACAGUGAAUAUUUAUGGCAUUUGCACUUUUGGUUUGUAGUAAUGUUUUUUUUUUUAAUAGCCGCGUUUACUGUUGCCAUGACAAUAAUAUUUCUCCAACCUCAAAAUAGAUUUGAUUUGCCUUUUUCUGUUCCCAUGGUACCAUUAUUACCGGUAAUGUCCAUUUUUAUAAACAUUACAUUAAUGAUGCAACUGAGAUUAAUAACAUGGAUUAGAUUUUCAGUGUGGAUAACUAUAGGUUUAUUGAUUUAUCUAUUUUAUGGAGUACAACACAGCAAAGAAAACACCGAGGAAGAAUGACAAAAGGACUAAAAAAUAUUUAUGAUGUAAAUAAGUUAUUUUUAAAUAAAACCGUUAACAAAUAUAAUUUUUAAAAGGA